CGGCGAAAUCCAUCAGAUCGUCCAAAACCAGUUUUUUCCGCCGAUUAUCAAAAAUCUACUGCUCCGGACGCCGCUGGCCGGGGCCAGCAUACUGGGCAAUGGAUCGACUCUGGAGAUUAUCUGCGACUGCUAUUCCAAGAGCGAGAGCGACUCCCGGUACCUGAGCCCCACCGACCUGGGCUCUCUGGACGCCCGCUACUUCCCAAACAAUGGGGGGCCCGAAGUUAACGGCAUCUUGAACAUCAUCCAGACUCAGUUUACACCAAAAAUCAUCCGGAAUCUGCUGUGCCGGGGGCAGAGCGACGGGCGGUACCCUUUGAUCGCCAACUUCAACAGUUUGGGAUCCACGGUCAACUCCCUGUCCACCCGCGUCACGGACCUUGAGAACAACGGCGGCCUCGCCCCCACCACUGAUCUGACCGUGAACAGCGUCACGGCCGCCAGCUUCCUGGACGCCCCCGAGCUGCGGAGCUCCGCGGGAGAUUUGCAGAUCCAGAACGCCCUGGUGACAAUUCGCAAAGAGGAUGGUGCCCUGCUCGCCUCCUUCGCAGACGGCGGCAUUAGCUUUGACCGGGAUGUCACAGUGGCGGCUGCCAGCACCCUGAACGCUACAUCAGCGGACUUCGCCCAGUUCUUUGUAGGCAGCACGGCGGCCACCGGCACUUUCAACUCCAACAGCAGCGUCACCGCCAAUCUGGAGGUCGUGAGCAAUCUCCGGCUCGAGGCCCCGCUGCUGCGCUGCGACCCGACGGCACCGCAGCUCACGAUCGAAGGCGGCACCAGCGGAGUGCUCGUGGACUCCACCUUGGUCGUCAACGGGCUCAUCGCCCCCGACGCCUCGCUGCCGUUCCUCAGCCUGUCGGGCGGCAGCGGCGGCGUACAGGUGCUCAGCCCGCUGCUGGAGCAGAUCGCGGUGGGGCCUCCCGCCGGCUCCGUCGGCAUGGUCAUCCGCAAUGCAGCGCCCACGGGCGAU